AUGGUACCUUUCGAAGACGACACAGCAACUCUUCCAAAGGGUUGCGCAGUAUGUGGUAAAACAGAGACUCUGCUUCGUUGCUCAGCAUGUAAAGUGCUCACAUACUGCGGUCGCGACCACCAGACCCAACAUCGGUCAGCACAUAAAUCUGCCUGUAAUGCUGUCAAGAAAGCCCGCCAAGUAUCAGACCAGGCUAAACAAGACUUGAUCAACAACCCAACUUUCCUGAACGACAAUCCAUUUGUGCACCACGUUGGCAAUUUCUCCAGACUCCCUGAAACUCGCCCUUAUGUGAUGUCCAUUUCAAGGCUGAUACGUGCAAUUCAACUAAUUCAGCAUGCGGAUUCGAUGCAAGCUGAGCUCGAUUGCCUCAUGGACAUGCUACGUCUCGGCCCGGAUAUUGACACGGGCCUCCGCGAGUCCAUUCCAACCGUCAUGAUACGACUCAAUAAGGACCAGGAAUGUUACGAUUUUCUCAAAUGGUGGGAAACCAGAGCAAACGACGACAAUGCGAAAUUCCUUGAUAUCAAAAACGCAGACAUACUCGAAUCGGUUGACUUUGUCAGGUCAAAGCGCCACGGUGAACUACCAAUGACUCUUUCCUUGAUGCUGUUGAAAAUCAAGUUCUUGAUCGAUUUGCUCAAACUCCAAGAGAUUGAGGGCAAGAUCACGGAGAUGAAAGCCGAAAUUCAAAGUGGUGCACUCGAGGGCCCUGCUCCUCAGCUGAUGGAAAUAUUCCUUGCCGAUUUUCGGGGUAGAGGGCUUGCCAGCCCUGCGAUCCGUGCACGGGCAGACCUUCUAGAUGGUCAAGAUCUUUCGCCCAAGAUCAACACAUUGAAGCAACAGAUCGACAAGCUGUAUGAUGUGAUUAACAAUCACAACAAGCAUGUGUGGCCCACGAUGAAGUAUCCUGAUAAAGUCCUUGCGCAAACCCCCCAUCCAAUCAAUGUCUUCGCCAUGGGAAGUGAGGAGGAGAUGAAAAUUGCGCUGCAUCAGACUUGGCCUGCAUGGGCCGAAAUACCCGGAUCCUUAGAAUUCAUUAUAUUCAAAAUUGAUGGUAUCAGUCAUCUGCUUUAA